UAUUUUUAAAAUAUUUUUGUAGGUACUUGAAUUAAAUUAUAUAUAGUUUAGAAAGUAGCUUACUCAUUAUUUGCAUUGUUAAUGAACAAAUAGGGAGAGCUAACAAAACAACACAUUUACACACUGACAAACCAUAGUUGCAAAUAUAUGGAAAAAUUAAAUUUUCAUCAAAAUAACUAAUCACAGUUUUUUAUUUGACAAAAAAGUAGACUAUUUCAGCAUUAAAGUUAUUGAAAUAAUAAUACUUUCACUUGAUGAAAAUCGCAUACAAAAUUUGAAUGAUUUUCUGCAGCACUACAGUUUGAAUGGACCCAGCCCGAACACCUGCCACAGCGGUACCACAGUUCUCUGUCCUUAAACUCUCCACAAAACAUACAGAUCUCAUUAGAACUAUUUUUGAUGGAAAGAUGAAGCCACCAUAUCAAAAUCUUCAAUGUCAUCAUCUUGACAAAGAUCUUUUGUAUUUACUUUGUUUUUGGUAGAAGAAAUGGACGAAUCGCUGAAAAUAUUUUUCUUUGUUUUCUUCUUAUUCAUUUUUUUUUUUUUAGCUUGCCGUCGUCUGGGGUCUCGGGCUCGAGUCCCGGUGUGGCUCCUAGUGGGAAAAGGCGGUUCUUGCUACGUAUUGUCCGGGUGGGCGCCAGACUAGCUCCGUUCUAGUCGUGAGUUUGGGGUCGUGGAUGUAUGUGCCCCUGCGUGGCCCACUAGGGCCGGCGGCGGUGUUGCGUGAGAUGAUUUUAAAUAAGAGGGUUGGAGUUGAGUUGGUGGUGUCGUACCUUUUAUUCAUAGGAACGAGUCGUACACAAUACAACACUCUACAGAGGUCCCCGGGGGGGUUUACUCGUUAUUCCGUGGCGCCGUAUGGUUUGUGUUCCGCGUUACGUGGCCUCGGACGCUGUUACGUCACAGACGUCUCACUGGGUACGCAGGUAACGUAAUUUCGUAACACAAAGGCGGGACACAAAAUACACUGAAUUAAGGGGGCGCGCACAGGUUACGUGGCACUCGUUACUCGGGUAACGUAAGUUAGCAAUACAAAGUACGGGACACAAAAAUACACUGACUUAAGGGGGUGCGCACAAGUUACGUGGCACUCGUUACUCGGGUAACGUAAGUUAGCAAUACAAAAUACGGGAUACAAAAAUACACUGAAUUAAGGGGGCGCGCACACGUUACGUGGCACUCGUUACUCGGGUAACGUAAGUUAGCAAUACAAAAUCCGGGACACAAAAAUACACUGACUUAAGGGGGCGGACGAUUGGAGACGGCCAAUCCCGUAUGCAAAUGUCUCGGCGCGGGUGUUGUGCCCACUGUGGUGAAACACGCACCGCAAUUAAGUUUGUCCAAGUUCCCUUGCGGGUUUGUGGUCAGCGCCGUGCGCAUGACCUUAAAUAAAGGUCUGUAAGUUGCGGGAGGCGGCCCGUGCCGUAUACUGAAGAGCAGCCCCGCUGACCAAGUGUGGCGCGGGGUGUCUUGAAAUUAAUGCGGCCGGAUUAGGUCCUGGACCGAAAAAAGGGACCGGGUACUCACGGAGAGGUUAAGCAAUAAAAGGGGUUCUGUUAAUUAGUGACUAUAUUUACCGGACGUUACUUUCGAUGAAGACAAAGGAUGUUGCCUCUCCGUGGGACGUAGGUCCGCCCCGGUCCGUGAGCUGCGCUGAACUGCCGAACUGGCAUGGCGUCCGAGGGAGGCUCGGCCUCUCUCGCGCCAGGCGUGACCUCAUUACGCUAGACUCCAAACGGGUGUGUCUGGAAGAGAUUUUAUUGUCGCUAAAAUCCUAAUUUAAUGUUUCAGGAGGAAUGGGUACGGUUCUUCUCUUGUCUACUCAGGUUUCCGCGGCUUUGCCUUUAAUUGCUGUUCGGGUCGCCUGACUCGGGUGGGCCAUGGCCAGGGGUGUGUUCCGUUAGCGGGAGCGUAUACUGGCGGGUGCAGGUCGGGCUCUGGGGUGGUCGUCGGCCAGACGACGUCAAGCUUCUCUGUAUCAUGUUAAGCUUGUGUUUCCUUUUAUUUUUCCUCUUUGUUUCCACUUCUUCCAGCACUAUUUUUUUUGGAGUGGCUGUUAGAAUUUCUUAAACCGUUUUCGUGUCGGUGCCUUCCUGGUCCCUGCAGUCCUUGAUGUGGAUGGUUUUGUAACUGGCGAAAUUAGUAUACAUAUUUGUUUGUUAUUUUUCAUAAUGUACAAAACCAUUGAUAUGAUCCAUUUAAACAUAACAGUUACCAAAUUUCGCAUGGGUAAAUGAAACGCAGAUGGGGAACUAGUACGCAUCCCUGCGUACGAAUACCCCAAACGACGCCAUGUCAGUUUACUGACAGUCACAGUUGAAACGAUCACAAAAUACAAGCCCUUACCGCAUUAAAUUAUAGCAAAAACAACACUUAUUAUUUAUAAACAUCUAAAAUUCUACAAAAGUACACAGUUUUUCCCUUACCUCGAAUGCAAUGAAUGCAGGAUUUUAUUGGAAAAAUCUCCGAUUUAAAAAAACCCGUAUAUCCGACACAACUUCAGCCGCACGCCAUUGCAACUUGACUAGAACGAAGUGACUCCUUUCGCAGCAUGGUAGCACCGGCCCUCCCGAGUGCGUCUCCUCUUCUUUAGCCAGAUACUGACGUGCGUACCAUUACCCACUGCGUCCAGUUACCCCGCCUUCCCCUACUUAUCUAAAUGGUAGUAAAAAAUUGAAUCAGAAAUUAACCAAAUGGUUUAAUAUUUACAAAAUAUUUUAUAAUUAAAAAUGUAGGUUUUUACAACUAUUAUCGUAAUAAAAAAAAUUGUAUCCGAAAACUAAAUGAUGUACCUAUCCCAAUGCUUUUUGGUUGGACAGAUGUCUCAAGGUCUGCACUGUUUACAAAAUAUUCAUGAGAUUAUAACUUUAAAAAAUUGAAAACUAGGGUAAUUUUAUAUGAAAUAAGUAUGUGUUCUUAAACUUUUGUUAGGGACUGUACAUAACUAAGUUUUAAAAUAAUUUGUGCACCAUUUACAAGAAACUGUAAAAAUGAUAAAAAUGGCUUCAAUUUUACAUGAAAUGCCUUGUAUGAAUAUUUCUGAAUGAAUAGUAUUAUAAGGCUUUGGUCUGGUAUGCAUUUAAAUUUUUUCAUACACUAACCAUUAAAAUACAUAAUAUUAAGUGUAGGUUGGUCUGGCUAACAACGCAUUCAUCGCAGUUAAUAACUUAAAACAUGAGCAAAGACUUUAUCUGGAGUUUAUAAAUUAUAUGCAUAUGUCGCUGAGAGCUAUGUUAAAAGUAAGAUAUGAAAAACUAACACCAAGUGACUUAUCAUUAUCCUUCUUGCUCUAUGGUCACAGCGAACAAACAUUAGCACCGAGUGACGUCUCUUUACCUUUCGUUCUCUAUGGCCCCGGCGAUCAAAAACCAGCACCGAGUGACGUCUCUUUACCUUUCGUUCUCUAUGGCCACGGCGAUGAAAAACCAGCACCGAGUGACGUCUCUUUACCUUUCGUUCUCUAUGGCCACGGCGAACAAAAACCAGUACCGAGUGACGUCUCUUUACCUUUCGUUCUCUAUGGCCACGGCGAUCAAAAACUAAAACCGAGUGACGUCUCUUUAUCUUUCGUUCUCUAUGGUCCCGGCGAUCAAAAACUAGGAAAGCCUUCUUUUCACAGACGAGAGAGCUAAACUUCCGAUCGUGCAUCUUCAUUUUUUUUUUUUUGGUUCAUUGUAAAUAAAUAUGGCGGUGUUGAUAAAAGGAAAGACUAUAAACAAGGCAACGGUAUUUAUUUGUACGCCGCCAUUUUUUUCGUUUGCCGUGUGUCCGUGAAUGUUUAUUUUGGACAACUCAUGAUAACUAAUGGUCAAUUAGGUUAGGUUAGCUACAUUAUAAAUAGAGGAAAAGGUGUAAAAACGGGCACAGGUGUAAAUAUGGACACCCCUCAAGAAGAGGAUAUGGGAGGUGCUGCAGACUGGCGGCCAGUAAUGUAAACAGUGGCCAUUGUUGCUAUAUGAUAGCAGCAAUCAGUUGGAAUCUUUCUUUCAAGAAGUGUGGACACAGUUUCAGUUAAUGUGUGAAUUGGUGUUUGUUUUGGCCUGUAAACCUUUGGAAGGUAUGUGAAAUCGUUUUAUUUUUAUGUAUUUUGUGUUAGUUUAAAAUAAUUUCACAGUGGUAUUAGGUAACCAGAGAUCCUAAGCUACCUAUAGAAGCACCCGUCUAGUCGAGCAUGCUUUUAGGUUAUGUAAGGUACAGGCUAUCUUUCUCUGGUGAUGAUGGUGUAAAUAUGGGAACCCUUCACUGGUGUAAAUACGGGCCUCCAUUUAAAAGGGGCCCAUAUUUACACCAUGUUUUCUCUUAAAUUUUAUCUUAAACAAUUAUAAGGACAUUUAAAGUUCUCCUACCUCAAAGCAUAUGUAAGUUUUAUUUUAUAAUAUAUUGAGUAAUGUGCAGCAUAUAACAUUAUAUACCUGCAUUAUCUUAUUCACUUAGGAGGAGCUAAAAAAAAAUUAAUGUGAGGGCAUUGUAGCAGUUUUUCCCCAUUGAAAUAUGCUAGUAAUUAUUUUCUGGUUGUUGCAGAAUGCCAAGGACUAAGAAGCGUUAUGAGUGCAAGAACAAGAGGAAUCAGUGGGAUAAAUCUCAGAUGGUACAUGCUAUCAUAGCUGUAAAAACUAAGGAGGUUUCUGUGAAAGGUGCCGCAAGAAGAUUCGGAGUACCAUGUAGUACUCUGCAGAGAUUUCUUAAACUUGAUAAAAGCCCCGAGCAAGUGGUUCAAGAAUCAAGGCUUGGAAGGAAACCAUUUUUAAAUGCAGAGCUCGAAAAACAGUUAGUUUCUUACCUCCUUGUGAUGGAGGAAAAAUAUUUUGGGUGCACUUUGACAGACCUGAGAAGAAUGGCAUAUUUACUUGCCCAGAGAAAUGGCUUGACAACCCCUUUCAAAAAUGGAGAGGCAGGACGAGCAUGGGCUGACCUUUUUCUUGAGAGACACAAGGAUCAGCUAUCAAUUCGCAAACCCUGUGGAACAUCCUAUGCUCGAGCUUUGGGUUUCAAUAAAGAGAAUGUAGCUGCUUUCUUUGAUCUCUUGGCAGAUACUUUUAACAAACACUCAUUCCCAGCAGAUCGAGUGUAUAACGUGGAUGAGACGGGACUGUCCAUUGUCCAGAGCAGAAUUCCUAAAGUGAUUGGGAUGAAAGGGAAGAAACAAAUUGCAGCUCUAACAUCCGCAGAAAGAGGGGCUACAAUUACAAUUAUCGCAAGCAUGAGCGCUUCGGGUUAUUAUGUCCCACCAAUGAUAUUUUUCCCUAGAACAAAUAUGACCCAUGCUCUGAUGAGAGGCUGUCCCGAUGGUGUAGUUGGUAGAGCCCAUCCUUCUGGAUGGGUUCAAAGCAAUUUGUUCACAGAAUGGUUCACUCACUUCAUUAAGAAAACAUGCCCUACUGAACAAAGGCCUGUUUUACUCAUCUUGGAUGGUCAUUAUAGCCAUGUUCGUAAUCCAGAUGUAAUUGACUUGGCAAGGCAGAACCAUGUGACUAUCAUCUCGCUUCCUCCUCAUUCAACCCACAAAUUACAGCCCCUAGAUAAAACUUUUAUGGGGCCUCUGAAGUUGUACUACAGCGAGGCAGUGAGAGUAUGGUUGCAACAGAAUGGGCGUCCUCUCACACCCUAUGAUGUUAUGGAGGUUUUUGGCAAAGCCUAUGUUCGUGCCCAAACGGCUGAGAUAGCAAUAAAUGGGUUCAGAGUAACUGGAAUAUACCCUUUGAAUCGCUAUAUCUUCAAUGACGCUGACUUUAUAGCUGCUGAGUUGGUAGCAGGAAAAACUUGCUCCAUAGUGGCAAAUAAUGUUUCUGAAUCAUGUGCUCCUCAACUUGCUUUCUGUGCACCAUCAACAUCAUCUGCCUCUCCUUCAUGUUAUCCUGAUAUACAAGCACAUCAGGCUCCUUUUAUGCCAGUUGAUGAGGCUCUUGAAACACCAAAAUGUUCCACAGGAACUUCAAAUGCAGUUUCACCAUUUGACAUAUCUCCUGUCCCCAACAUUAAGAGGAGAACCACCACUCGGGGGCGCAAAGCAGCAAGGGCCACCGUCAUUACUGGAUCACCAUACAAGAUGCAGUUGACCAAAUCGCUUAACGAAAGUGCUCACAAGAAGAGGUCAUUGAGUUUUCCCGGGGCAAGAGACCAGCCAGGAGCCUGUGAAGAAAUGAUUGCAUGGGGGGCACGCAUCGUAAAAAAAUUCAUCGCGCGCCUGAAGAAGUGUAACUUCAACUCGUGACGAAGACCGCGCUGAAACGACGUCAGUCGCGUCGCAACUGAACGCCGAGAGCUGAACGGAGUCCCCCGUGCAGUGAGGACACGCAGUGUCCGAGG